GGCUCCUCCCAGGGGGCGUGGCCUCACAGCUCCACUCGGCUGUCAGUAACAUUUCGAGUCAUUACUAUAAUUUCUUCUCUCACAUCAACAAGAACUAAAGUACUGCUGAACAUCAGCAUUUCAGUUACUGCUGCUGCUGGACGAAUGUGUGAGCUGUGCUGAGGUUAAAAUGAAGCGCUCCCUGGGGAUCUGUCUGGUGAUCUGCUCCGCUCUGAUUGGACUGGGAUCAGCUAUCCGCUGUUACAGCUGUAAGGAUUACACAGCCAGCUGCUCCAAAGAGAGAGAGUGUAGCUAUGACGACGCCUGUCUCACCCUCAGCGAGAGAGGUGGAAUGACAUACCGUCAGUGUCUGAAGUAUUCAGACUGUGAGUACAGCCGCUUGGGCCAGAUGUUCCCCCAGGUUUCCAGUUUCACCUUUAAGUGCUGCAACUCAGACCUGUGUAACUCCGCCCCUUCCACUACAGCGAGCUCUGUGGUUGGUCUGCUGGCCUCAGCGGCAGUCAUGUGGUGGUGCAUUCACUGAAGAGUGCUGCAGCUCAGCCGCGCCCCCAGUGGCUGAAACAUGUAACAGCUUCUUUAACAGUGUCUGAUCAAUACGUUCAUUCAUCUAAUCAACACAUUCAACCAUCCAAUCCAUACAUUCAGCCAUCUGAUUUACACAUUUAUAAUGACUACUUAUCACGGAUCAAUAUAUAUGUAGAAAUAUUUUGACUGAGUUUCAUCUCCUGGUUUAUUAAUUGAUUAUUAAUAGAUUAACAGUAAUCUAACCAUGAGAUACCAUUUGUAUCAGCUGAUUUUAUAGGAGGCUGAAGCUCUAAAGACAGCCUUCAAAAUAAAAUGCAACUGAAAAAUUCUUUGACAUGAGAUGAAAACGAUCUGAAGAUCUAUAACUUCUGACAGUGAAUUAAAUCAAUAAAUGGUGACAAACUGGAAA